AUGCUUCUCUCCAGCCUUCUGAAGGUGGUCAUGGCUUCAUUGUGGCUAGGAUCCAGUAUUGCCCAGAAGGUAACUCAAGACCAACCAGUAAUAUUAGUGCAGGAGAAGGAGGUUGUGACCCUGGAUUGCAUAUAUGACACAAAUGAUUUCAGUUAUAGUCUAUACUGGUACAAGCAGCCCAGCAGUGGGGCGAUGAUUCUCCUUAUUCGUCAGGACUCUUAUAACCAGCAAAAUGCAACAGAAGGUCGCUACUCACUGAAUUUCCAGAAGGCAAACAAAUCCAUCAAACUUGCCAUCUCAGCUUCACAGCUGGAGGACUCUGCAGUAUACUUCUGUGCACUGAGUGAGCCCACAGUGAGAGGCGUGUUGGAGGCAGGAGGAACAAGAGCCCAGACAGUGACUCAGCCUGAGGACCACAUCUCCGUCUUUGAAGGGUCCCCAGUGCAGGUGAAGUGCAACUACUCAUAUUCUCGGAGUCCUGUGCUCUUCUGGUAUGUACACUACCCCAAACAACACCUCCAGUUACUCCUGAGACACAGCUCAAGAGAGAGUAUCAGAGGUUUCACGGCUGACCUCAACAAGGCCAAUGACUCAGGCUUCAUUGGGGAGUGUGUGGCUGCAGCCUGCUGGAUGGGGAAGUUUGCUGAGGUGCCAGAGAACAAGGUUGACAGGCAGAAGAACACCUCCCAGGGUUCCAACACAAUUUAUAGGAAGCUGGCAAGGGAGUGCUGGUGA